AUGUCGUACCUCUCGAGAUCGACGCAUUUUAACAAUUGGAUCUUUACAAGGGACGAACUUGCACGUGUACGUCGUCUUCAACAUGUAAAAACAAAGCGUGCGUUACGUCUGGAGCGUGAAGAAACUCAAAAGAUGGAAAUGACGGCUCCUAGUAAGCGCAAAGCACGAUCGUUUGCGGCAUUGUUACCGCGUUCAUCCACUGCUGUAACUGACGCAUUUGAUUGGAAUGAUGAUAUUGAAACGGAUAUUUUGACACAAGAAGAAGCAGAGGAGAAGGCUAAUUUACAACCAGUUCCGCUGCUGGAAUUUUUGAGUCCCGAGCAGGAGACGCUGCUUCGAGCAUUUUAUGAGGAGAAAAUACAAGAGAGCUGUAGUGCUCAGUUCCUGCGUACAUCAGACAAGGUCAAGUGCUGUGCUAUCAUGCUAUACAAGAGGUUUUAUCUGAGCAAUAGUGUGAUGGAGUUUCAUCCAAAGCAUCUCGUUCCAACUGCUAUUUACGUGGCUGGAAAGGUCGAGGAGCAGUAUAUAUCGGUCGAUACUGUCGCGGAUCAGCUUCAUGUUGACCACAAAUUUAUCAUUGGCCAUGAGAUGAUUUUGCUAGAAGGUGUGCGCUUUCACCUGAUUAUGUAUCAUCCAUUUCGCACGCUCUUGGGCUUUUUGGAUGACUUUCGUGCCUAUUCAAAACAAGUGCUGAGUAAGGACUUACCUGCAACGGUUCUGCAAAAACUUCAUGCUAAUGCCACCGCAGUGCUUAACGAUAUGUUGCUGACGGAUUUACCACUUCUCCAUUACCCGUCGUACUUGGCACUUGCGGCACUGUGGCACGUGGCGGGCGAGGUUGCUGCAAGCAUUGGCGAGAAGGCUUGCGGUCUUACAAAUGAUGAUGUUCUGAGUUACGUCAGACACAGCAACUUUUCGAAAAGUCAACCGGUUAAUGAAGUGUCUAGUCAACUACUGGAGAUUGCUCAGGCGUUCCAAGUGUUAAAAUCAGAAAAGGAUAAGGAAGGCGAGGAAGCAGUUGCUCAUCGUGCAAAGCAGGUCAAGUUCAUUUAUAAGAAGCUUAAGCAAUUUUACAAGGAUGACGAGAAGAAAGAGAAGAAGAAAAGGAGUGCGGGCAAGAAGAAGGACAAGAAGCGCAAGGACGGAUCCAAGAACGGCAAGAUGAAGGUUAAGAAACAAAAGACGGAGAAAGCUUGA